UAGGCAGAUCAUUAGCACUAAUGAUUGAUGUAAAGCUAUUUAUAGCAUUCAAAAAGAUUGAAAUAGAGGCACUCAGUUUGAUUAAUAUAUAAUAGCUCUAUGAGACUUCUACUGCUAAGAGUUAUCAUCGUUUUGCUCAUCAUUUUGCUAUACCUUCAUGAACAAUUAGCAUCAUUAUGGUAAACCACUGCUGUACCUCCAAGUGUAUGGAAAAUGUGCAAUUAGCAUCACUAAGUGAUGCUAUUACCACCAUGUAUAAGUCAAAUAUCCAAUUAGCAUUGCUGUGCUGAGUUAUUACUUCCAUUGAUAAGUAAAAUAUAUAAUUAGCAUUGCUGCGCUCAGUUAUUACCACCAUUGACUAUAUAAAUAUAGCAAUUAGCUUACUAGGCCGAAGUAUAAAGACUGCUUCAGAGUAUCCACAGUUCAUCAAGAUUGUUGAAGUAGGGCCCAGAGAUGGUCUUCAAAAUGAAAAGGAAAUUGUUCCGACAGGGGUGAAAAUCCAGCUGAUAGACAUGCUCUCGGGAUCAGGCCUGCGCGUGAUCGAGGCCACCAGUUUUGUCUCCUCAAAGUGGGUACCGCAGAUGGCUGACCACACUGAGGUUCUCACAGGAAUCCAGAGAGCACCUCAUGUUCAGUACCCGGUAUUGACGCCCAACAUGCAAGGCUUUCAGGAUGCUGUUGCAGCUGGCGCUACUGAAGUUGCAGUGUUUGGGUCGGCCUCUGAGACUUUCAGUGUGAAAAACAUUAAUUGCUCUAUUGAGGAAAGCAUGAAGAGGUUUGAAGAGGUUGUUAAGCGUGCCAAAGAGCGAGCGAUUCCAGUCCGCGGAUAUGUUUCUUGUGCCCUUGGUUGCCCUUACGAGGGAAACGUUGAACCCACCAAAGUCGCAGAGGUGGCAAAGCGGUUAUAUGAGAUGGGAUGCUACGAGGUCUCUCUGGGAGACACCAUUGGCGUAGGUACUCCAGGUUCUGUGAGGAAGAUGCUGCAAUGUGUAUUGAAGGAGAUUCCUCCCAGCGCGCUGGCAAUUCACUGCCAUGACACGUACGGGCAAGCGUUGGCAAACAUCCUGACUGCACUUCAGAUGGGGGUGUGCGUGGUGGACUCUGCAGUGGCCGGCCUGGGAGGCUGCCCGUACGCCAAGGGUUCAUCUGGCAAUGUUUCCACAGAGGAUGUCCUCUACAUGCUCCACGGCAUGGGCAUCGACACUGGGGUGAACCUUGCCAAAAUCCUGGAAGCAGGUGACUUCAUCUGUAAUGUUUUACAUCGCAAGACAAAUUCCAAAGUUGCUCAGGCAAGAAGCGGGAUGCCGUGAUCUUGUUUCCUUUCACGUAUUUGGCUUGAUUUCCUGUACUUAAAGUGCUUUGACUCUUGCUGCUGCUUUUAGAUUUACUGAAUUUGAUGUAAGUUUGCCUGCUUUUGGUCCUCCAGUUGGGUCAAAACACGUGUGAGGAUGUCUAAUUGAAAUAACCUUUCUGUUUGUCAUAUCCACUCAUUUUACUGGACUGUGCAAACCGCCCAGUGACCAGUAGUGGAGUUGUGGCUUUCAUAUCAAUUAUAUUAAAAUAUGCAGCAGUCAAGGACUGCAAAAAAUAAUGAGAACGUGGUGUUGUGUCUUUUUUGAGAGGAUUUUUUGAACUCAUUCAUGCCAUAUAUAAUCCUGGCAAAAGGUCAGUUAAAUUACAGUAUUUUCUGGAUAUAAGUCGCUCCGGAGUAUAAGUCACACAAGGCCCAAAAUGCACACAUACAUACGUCGAACUGGAGUAUAAGUCGCAUUUUUUGCGGGUAAUUUAUUUUCCAAACUAAUUGACC